GGUUUCCCACACUGACAAACAAGCAGCAAAUGGGCAACAGAGUAAUCAGUGUAGGACAUAGGGAUUAGUAGCUAAUAAAAUAGCGUUACCACUGCAAAUUCACGCACACAGGCCAGGUCAGGUUGACAACACAACAGAACGUAAGGUUUGUACCUCUGUUAUCCGUGUUGAAAGGAUCCACGUGCUAUGGGUUUCAUUUUUCCCCGUGCGCUAGCAAAGUAUGUUUCCCCGUUACUAGCAAGCGUUCGUAGAAGAGUGAACCGAUUGUUUUUGUUAUUUCCUUUCCGUGUGUGUCUUUUUUCUCCUGUUGUUGUUGCUGUGUCUGUGUGUUUGUGUGCGCGCGUGUCUGGUUUUUUGUCUAUACGCAUUUCAAAUGCGCAACUGUUGCCGCUUAAAAUACACAAUUCCCCAACCCACACCUGACGGUCGGUUAUAGCGUCGUCGUUGUUGCUCUUUCUUUCGUUUGUUAGUACUUAACAUUGGUUUCACCUUAAGCUGGCUUUACUGAAAGUGCUUUCUUACUGCAAGGAGAGUAUGCGUGCAUGCGCGCGCGCGUAUGUAUGUGUGAGUGUGUGUGUGUGUUUGUGGUGUUAAUCGUACGUUACGAGGUGUUACACAAUCACAAAUAAAUAAGUGAGAGAAAAGAGUAAGGGGAAAUUAUAGGGUAUACAUACUGGUACACUUAAUCUUAUUGGAGCAUAUUUGCAACAAGACGCUGGAGCAGGAGGAUGGAUUAAACUUUAGCUAAUCGUUAUCAAAACAAAACAAAACAAACAAACAAACAAAAAAAACUAAGUAAAAACAAAAACCAAAAAACAUUAAACACACGUUUCUUCGUCAAACAAAGUAUUCUAUUUGUUAUUCUAGCUAAAACAAAACAAUACAAACACAAAUGCAGUAUGCUUACGGUUGACCAACAUCGUAGCAGAGUUUCCCUGCUGGGUCAUACCGCUCAUCAUUGGUGUAGCAUACUGGUACACGUGCAACUCUUCCUCGUUUGGGAGAUUGAAAACAAAACAGACACUUCUACACCGACACUCGCCACAAACACUGAGAUUACACGCCCAGGAACAAACCAAGGACGACGGUAAGCUCAAUUCGUGAAACAUAAUGCAGGUGUGCCCCGGGUGGAAUAUCUUGUUGUGUAUUGUUGAAGAAUAAGAAACAGAAUUAACAAAUAAUUAUUUAAAUAGCAUUUACACCGACACGACUACAUGUUGCAAAGCGUAAAACAAGAAGCGUGAACAAAGUGUACGUGAAUGGAGAAUAAAUAGAAAAAAAAGUGUUGCAUUACGUUGAAAGAUGGGUUGCAGCUGCAACGUGCGACCCGUGUUUAGAGUAGGACAAAGUAAAGCGGACAAAACAAUAGUCGCGGGAAAAGGAAAGAGAAUAUUGGAAGCUAUAAAACAAGGUGAUAUUUACAUUUAGAUGCGAUCGUAACCCAUAUCAUUACCUUCUUUCCAAACCCUCUCUCCUUCUGAUCCUUCUCCCUCCUCAGGAGCAUAUACAUGUAUUACACAGGCACACCUUCACACCUACACACCAACACACACAUACACACACUCACUCACUCAUUGGAUACAUCAGCUGGGAAGUGAGAGAUGGUAAGGAUAGCAAACAUUGUUGUUGGAGACCAUAUCGUGCUAUAGUUUGGCCCCAUUUCGCACGUGCUAAUUGUAGCGUCCUGUAUGCGCCAUUCGGAUAAAGUAUGGGAUGAACGAAGCGAUAGGAGAGAAAAUAAUAAACAAGCAUACACACAAUAAUUACCACGUUCUGCAUUCCAUCUGCGAAAAAUGGAAAAAGAAACCUGGGCAAGAAAUAUCUAGAGAGAAUUAGAACAUGAGAAAGCUUCAAAAGUAAAAUUACAAUCUAAACUUAAAACAAACACUUGCGCCACCUUCACCGUCAUGCUUCUCUUAAGUACAGUUUCACGUAAUGUCUAGCUACAGCGGGGAAAAUAGUAAUGCGUUAAGCCAGCAACACAAAAGAUAAACUAAGUUAAACGAUAAAUUAUGGCAAAAAAAAGAAACUAUCAUACAAUACCAAGGAGAAGAUCAAGCGCGCAUGGUGCUGCGGUAGAAAGACAGAAGCGGAAGAAGAGAAGAGCUAAAAGAAAUAUUCAAACGAUACGCAAUGCGUGAAUCAAAUCGCAAAGUAGUUUAGUGUUAUGUAAAAAAAAUAAUAAAAACAAACAAACAAAUAGAUCUAACGCUAUCACGACAGACACACACACAACAGCAUACCGUAUGGAUGAGCAAAUACAAAACAAAGAAACACUGUAAACAAAUAAAAACAAAACCCAUGCAUUUGCACGAACAGCAGGUUAGGCAGGUAAACAAAGUUAAGUAAAUGUAUUUAAUAAGCGCGUCUGUAGCACAAUAUAUAACUUUACUGUAACGGAACAGGAAAGCAGGAAGUAAGCAGUUCGCCUGAGGUGGGUAGGAAAAGCUAACAGUGAAAGAAAAUCAAAGCUGAAACGGAAGUCGCUACGAUGUUACAAUAUAGAUCGUUAUUGUUAGCAUGUGACCAGCGGUAGGCGAAGGAUGCGUUACGAUUAUCUGGGUACAGCUAUCGCAAUCACUAUCCACGAGAAAAGAAAGCGCUACAAUCAUGCAAAUGUAACAUGAAACAGAUAUGCAAUGCUGUUUAUUCUGGGAGGAAAUGGAGGUUGCGUGUUCGAUACGGAUCACGAUGGCACGCGCUCGUGUGUUGUUACUUACUUCAAUUGCAAUGCGUACAAUCUUCUCGCACUGCGUGAGGCGCAGUACGUUCCUGUGCGUUAAUCUCUCGUUAGUCUCUUGCGCCGUUUUCGUCCCUGUUCUGCUUCCGUCUUUGCUGAAUCUAAAAAUUGAACAAUUCAAUCGGCAUCUAUUGCACACGUUUUGAGGAAGCGUAAAGCAACCAUGAGCAUUAUAAUUCGGCUAAAAGGCAUAACGUGAAAAGAGUUGUGUUUAUCUCAAACAACGUUUAUCAACCGAGAAGAACAGCCCAGUGAAGAAUUGAAAGUUAUGGAAUAAUUAAACAAAUAAAAGGAUAAACAUGCGGACUGUAGAGAACGCGAACGGAACCACACGUGAAGCACAUACCAUACCAAACAGAAAUAAAAUCAUUCGUUUGUAAGUGAAGCGAUACUUAAACAAGCGCAAUGAAAGAUAUCUUGUGAAAACUACUGCUUGCAACAAAUUGAACUAGAAAGAAAUUGUUUAAAUUUAAUACAUCUCGCGACGAAGGUGAAGUAGGAGCGGCAACAGCUGGAGCAGCAUCGGCAGCAUCAAAAUAUACAAAUAAUUGAAAACUAGUAGCACACACAAACACACACGAAGCUAUCGUGAGUAAACUGUAAAUAUGAUGUUUGCGUAAAAGUAAUGCGAAAGUCUCACAUAUGCAACAGCCAUUCGGAUGGAUGUUUAGCGGCAUUCGUCAGAGCUCUAGCAUACGUUGCGCACCACGCGGUGAUCAUGGUAGCAGCAAGAUCAGCAGAAACAAUAAUUCAAACUACUAACGACCCUUCUCCCCCGCAGUACCAGUCUGGUAAGCGUAAAGGAUAACCAUAAUAUCAACCCAUUAAUAACAGCCAAAACAGCAAACAAUGAUGAGGUUGAGAUUGUUUGAAAUAUCGUCUUUAACUGCUGCAAACCCCUAGAGGUAGGCUAGUAAGGGUAAGGCUGUAUAAAAGAAAAGAAAAGAAACAAAAAAUGCGAACCCAAUACAGAAAACAUUCGAAGCCCGUCGAUCAAAAUGAUAUAUUAUUAGGUGACGAGUAUGUGUGUUUGUGUGUACAGAAUACAGGAGCUGAGGUGCACCCGAGGGAAAAGCCAUUCUGUUGCGGCACGAGUUCAAGCGAGGUAACAGGCAUGAGACAACCAAACGACCACAAAUGUUUACCCACCAUUAAUUAAAUUGAACAUAUUUACAAAAUAAUAUAUUAUUGAACAACUUAUUCAUUACCACGGAAAUUGCCGACGAAAAUGAUCGGGAGCAAAAGAAAAGCUCGUUUGCGAAACGACCCAGUACAGUGGCAGUGAGUUUGGAACAGCAGUAACGGAACGCAGAAUAGUAUACCCCUACCGCGGAUAGUAUUCUUUCUUAUCCAGGUGUGUCGUGGCACUAGGGAUAAAGUUAUACACUACCCUGACACUAACCAACAAUCACAAAAAUACACUCAACAGACACACACACACACACACACACAUAAUACUCCUCUAAUUACUAUAUCGGUCAUCAGUCCAAUUUUUCGAACUCGAUCCUGUUUUGACGCGAAGUCUGUAAUGUUCAGGCUUUAAAGGAGUGGACACCAAAUAAUCCCCCCGGGUCAAACGUUUGGUUCACACAGACAGAAAAGAAGGAGGAAUAACAGGUACAGCAAAAAAAACAACAAUAAAAAAUCUCGUAACAACCAUUGUACCACAAAGCGACAGACAUGCAACGUAAAACACAGACUAUUCACAAUCAAAUUGCAACAAACGGAACAAAACACAUACAGAAAAUCCAAACAAAAGAACAAAUAAAUUAAUAAACCUUCUCCUCCAUACUUUCAACAUACCAUCUACUAGCGCGUUAUAUAAAAGCAAGGGAGAGAGAGAGAGAGAGAGAGAGAGAGAGAGAGAGAGAAAAGAAAAAAAUCA